CCCCAUCCCUCUACAGCCGCGCUUCCGCGGCAAUGAACCAUUCCGAUGUCAAGAUGGCGUGGAGACAGGCGAGUGCGUGUCUCUCCUUGGUUGUGUGGGUGUGUUGUACCAAUGUGUGUGUUGUCAGUGCCAAGGGCAAGUCUCCGGUGCACUCUAAGGGCCCCAUCUCUGACAGACUAGCCACCGCUUCCGAUAUUGGCAAUGUCACAGCUCCCAGUUCCACCCUUCCUGCAGCUGACACAGCUAGGAAGAUACUUUUAACGACAGACGACGGCACGGACAGCCAACAGGAGGCGGAAAACUCGCAUAGGCACGUGGGCAGCAGUGUCAAGAACAGUAGUGACGGAGAGGCACCUGUCACGGAGGCGGCGAGCAAAAGGAACACAAGUGUGCAGGGUGGUGGCAGCGGUGGUGAUGGUGGUGUGUCGGCAAUUAUAAGGGGAUUGCCACCCUCGUCCUCGUCCUCAUCAGCCACAGCAGAACAGUUGAGGUCAGCUACUUCCUUAGCAGGCACCUUGGCUUUGCUGCUCAUCUCUGUGGUGAUCGCCGGCGCGCUGUUCGUCAUGGUGAUUUGCUUCAUUCACAAGUGGAGGGAAAACAUGGGUACGGGCCGGUAUCCACGGGUGGUGUACUCAAUGCUGCGGCAGAGUGAGGAUGAGCCCGAGGAUGUUCUUGGAGAGAUCCUCAUCAACAUAGGUUUGGCUGCUCCUGGGGACACACGCCCCCUCACACCCUCAUCCUCCUCAUCAUCCAGUCGCUGCUCCCCUGCACCUGCUGACCCAGAGAUGGACAUCAAUGAUCUGGAAGGGACCAAGUUUACAACCAUCCCACUCAGAUCAGAUGAAGCUGCUAAGAGGCUCAUGGUACCAGAACCAGAGGAAUCUGAUGAGGAGUUGCUUCAGUGAGGUGCUGCAAACUUCCAUUUUCAUCUGAUUCAACAUAUCGCCACCGCCAAGAUGAGUCCAUCAUGGACUCAUGUUAUCCAUUUUACCACCAUAAUCGCAGCCAAUUUACCCCUUCCCUCUAUGUUUUGGUAUAAAUGUGAAUGUAUAUGUGACUUCAAGCAGGCACUUAAUGAUUAUAAGGGUGAGGACUUAAUUAUUUGUAGGCAUCAGAUGAAAAGGUUAAAAUGUCACAAAGUACUUGGUGUAUGAACAGUUUUGUUAAGUUAGCAUUACACUUAUGUUAGAAUGUUAAAAUAUGAUACAGUAUUUACUGAAGUUAUGAAGCUAAAAAGAAUUAACAGGUGAGAAUUUUAAAGUGAUUGUAAGAGAAGCAAGUAUGCUUAUGAGUCAUUAGCAAAUCCACAAUGGAUGUGAUUUGUUGCAGUGCGUAUGGCAGAUGAAAAUUGCCAUCUGUUAGACCUGUGGUGGAUAUGAAGUGUGUAGUGGACCAGCAGCAGUUGAAAUUCACUGCUUCCUGAACUACUGACAUGUAGACCAUUGCAUUGCACCUGUGGUGAGUGUGAUUUACUUUAUACUGGGCCUGUAGUGCAUAACUAACUGCAUGCCAGAUUGUUUGGGCUUUGAUUUGGUGUUUACUUCUGGUGAUACAUAUAACACUGCAACUCCAUCAUUGGAUCAGUCUUUAAAAAGGUUUCAACAAAAUAAUUAAAUUUUAAUUUGUUUUGAUAUAGUUGUGCAAGAUAGUUUUGUAGUGCAGAUAGAUGUCAAAAUCAGCAUUUGUGGAACCUGUUUUUAUCAAUUGGAGUAGACAAGCACAAGGAUAACUUGCAUUUUGCUGUGAUGUCAAGUUUAGUCAUGAAAGAUUGCUGAUGCUCAGGGGUUAGUUUAUAUAUUUCAACAUUUGCUUUUGUGAAUAUAAUGUAUAAUUUUCUUUCACAGAGAUUUUUUGCCAUUCUUUAGAAAUAUAAAUAUUACUUUGCCAUCUCUGCUAGUGCUCCCACUCAUCCCGGCUCUCACUUUUUACUAUAAUUAGUCAUGAUAUGUAGUUUGAAUAUCAACGCCAGUACUAAUACUAGUAUUCCAGUAUAUACUUGUACUGACCAUAGUUUGCUAAAAACUAUUUUUACUAAUACUAGUAUUCCAAUAUAUACUUUUAAUGACCAUAGUUUGCUAAAAACUAUUUGUAUAAAAUUGUUUAUGGACAAAGUAUAAUGCAAUGUCAGUUAACAAACAGUAUAUUUUCAAGCAUCCAUAACUGUACUGUGGCCAGUUUGAGCACUUGGUGAGACAUUAACAUAAGGUAUAGCAGUUUGUUUUCCAAAGGAAACCCUGAGAAUUUUUUAAAGCUGGAUUCAUGUUUUUUUUUACAUUUAUUUUAGUUUGAAUUAUCCUUAAGUGCAUUUACUACAUUUAUUUAGUUUGAAUUAACCUUGAAUACCUGUGAUAGCCUCAAAAGAUUUUAGAAGAAAAGUAGAGGUGAAGUAGAUGGGUGAUGAGUAGCUAUGAACUAAUGAACCAACAGUUUGAAUUUGUAAGAAAACUACAAUAGUCUUUGAUAAGUGUGCUCCAACCUGUUGUGGUAUGCACAUAGCUCAUUCAUGCAACACAGUGUCCGUGAUACUAAUGAUCUCCCUUGGCUGCUAAAAUGAGUGCAGGUGAUGCACUGAUUCACAUUUUCUCAAUCAAUGCCUUUUAUUGUAUUUUCUUUAAAAAAAAAAAAACAUUUUAAUUGCAAUAAGAAUAAAUUCUACAUUUGUAAAUUGAUAAGUGAUGAAAAUUGAUUAAGUGGUCAAAAUUUUACUUCAGAUGAAAAUUAGUAAAAAUAAUGUUUGUAAAACCAAAUUUACACUCAUUUCCCCAUUUGAAUGGAAGAGAAUAGUGGAAUGACUGAUCAGAAUUUAUAUUUAUGGGGAUGACAAGUCAUUACUAAGCUAUGAUAAUCAUGGUCCUACUGUAAAAAUAUACCUUGUUAUCUCUCAAGUUUGUGCUUACUUUUCAGUGACAUGAAAUGAUUUGUGAUUAUGAAACUAUUCAUAUGUAAAACCAAUCUUGAUCGGAAUGGAUGACAGCUUUCAUCAAUUAGACCAUGUUAGAAUUAUUAAUUGGUAAUUUCCUCUUCUCAGUUGUUUAUGACACAUGGCUUUUAUACUUUUAACUGUUUGUAUGAUUUACUUGAACACAUUGUAGGUGUAAGCUGUAACUUUCUAUUUGCCACAUGAUCUCACUGAUAUCCCCAGGUGACUUGUCUCCAUGUCAGGGAUUAUUAUUCAUAAAGACCAUUAUACUGCAUAUAAAUUCACUUAGUGAAAUGGUUGCUAUGCAUUGAAUGUAGAAAAGUACAAUUUUCAUGUUUUUUGAAGGGGUGUAAGAAAAGUUGAGUAAAUGAAAGGAAGAUCAUGAAAAUUCAAGAUAUCAGUUAUAAGUACUAACAAGUGAUUUAAUUCUGCAAAAUAUACUGAGAGGAAAGGUUCAUGGCUAUUUAUAGAACACCAGAAAAAGAGGAAGAGCAAUAAAAAUAGAAUAGAGCACUGACAUUUUUCAUGCAGAACAUAAUCAGGGAAGCUUGCAUUUGUGCUGCUUGAAAUUACAGUAAUAUCAUCAGUGCUGCAAUAUUCUUGUUCAUGUUCUAAUUCACGUUUGUCGCAAGUGUUGUAAAAAUUUGCUUCCGUCCUAAAGUCAGGUGAACAACCCUUCCAACCUGUUUCCUGAAUAUGUGUGUAUGUAUAUAUGCAUUUGUCUACAUUUGGUUUAUGCAGUUCAUAUGUAAACAUUUUUUGUUUUAAUUAUGAUUCCAUCUCAUAACAAUUGAACAACACAAACCUGAUAACUUUGUUUUGUGAAUGUUAUGAAAAGAUGUUAUUAACCAACUUGUGUACUAAUGUCAUUAUUAAUUCGCCUUUUUGUGAUGUCUUCAUGUUUACAUUAAGGAUAAAAAUAACUUGUGUGAUGUCAUACUUUCAAGGAAUAACAUUUGUAUUUACAGUGCAA